AUGUCUGAGGUGCGCUUUCCGUCUGGGGCGGAUCAAAGUGCCGUAGUGGAAGAAGGUGCCGUGCCGCUGCAGAUCCGUGAGAUAACCCAAAUAAGCGACGAGCUGUGCUCCCCUAGGGACAUGAAGGCGCCGCAGCCUCUGUCAGAUGUUGGCAAGGAGAAUAUUCCUCCUGGCGGAUGGCCUAAUCAGCCAACUUCCACUCCCUUCAAGCCAAUCACAAAACGCUUACAACAAAUCCAACCCGCGGCCUCGAAUUAUACCAUCCAAUUACAAUACCAAUUGAGACGUCCAGUCGAGCCUUGGAAGUACCAAGAGCGCAAGAGCAGCGACGGUUUGGUAACGUUCGCAUGCCGUCUUUGCUGUGCCGUAUACAAGCACAAAAAGUCCCUCAACAAACACUGGAAAGACAAGCACACCGCGAGUGACGGUAGCACGGGGAUGAAGUUGGCGAACGAGAGCGACUCACAGAACGACUCUAGACUCACCAAAAGUGCCUCUGCAUCUGUGCCUCGGCCAUCUCCGCCGGUGCACAGGAUGCGUACCUCGCUCCGCCGACUGCCCCAAGAAUCGCCCUCCGCGAUGCUGAUAAAGAGGCGACGAAGCGACAUUCCCAUCUCUUCAAUCGAGCAGUCGGAACCGCUCGACUUAUCUAUGGCCCGACCGAGAGAUAACGAGGCUACCUUGGAACGAGUGACCGAGGUGGAUGUGGUUGCUCCUCUUCGUGAUCGCGUGAUCAUUACUCUCCUCAUCCAAUCCGCUCUGGAUGCACUCAAAGCGGAGCCGCCUAGUGUACAAACAACUGAUGCGGUCUCGUCAAGCACCUGCAGUCUGUUGCGAGCUGUUGGAAGUGUUCUCAUCGGCUCAACGGAACCUAGAGCUGACCCCAUAGCUGCUAGUAGCGACCGAAAACGGUCGGAAGAGGCGCCGGUGCCGUGUCACAUCUGUCCUUACGUCGGUCGAUGGCAAAGUGAGGUGAAAGCUCAUGUAGUGAAUCACUCAAGUCACAAGAUGUUUGGAUGCUGCUUCUGCAACUACCGGUCCAAGUGGAAGUGGGAUGUGGCAAAGCACAUGCGCAAAUGCCUCAAUGCACGAAGUGUGGCAAAUCUGCCGAACGAAGCCCUAAUCCGCAUGAUCAUCUUCCAUCCCCCACCCGCGAACGACAUACUGCAUAUGUACUAUUCGGAGAAUGCGCCAUCCUCGUCUGUGAGCUGCAUACCGCAACAACCGACUUCGCAACCACUUGCUUCACUGCCGUCCAACUCGUCGCAGAUCCUCGUACAGAUAAAUUCCCUAAAGCAUGAUAGUAACGACGACCAUAAGGAUUAUGGUGCUGACGAUCAUGGUGGCGGGAAAUCUGAUGGAAGUCGGCGGACCUCAAUCCCGACUGAUCCACCCGUGUUAGAACCUGCAGUAAAAUUUGUGGAAGAGGAGGAGGAGGAGAGGAGAGAGAUGAGCCAAGACUAUCAGCCGAUCUCCCAAACUCAGGUUAAAGGCGAAUUUGACGAUUCCAUCGUUCAGUUUCUCAGAAAUACGUUAUCUUGA